AUGUUUGUGCUUCAUGAAACCCAAAAGCUGUAGAUUCUGUAUGAAUCCCUGGAAAAGAGCAUCCCUGAGUCCUUGAAGGCAUAUGGUGCCAUUUUCAACAUUAAAAAUAAAACCCCAUUCAACAUGGAGAUGCUGGUGGAUGCCUGGCCAGAUUAUCAGACGGUAAUUACUCUGCACUGGAAAGAGGAGAUGAAAGAUGACCUGGAUCGUUAUAUCAACACUUACCACAUCUUCACCAAAGCUCCUGACAAGAUAGCGGAAGUCCUGGCAUGCCCCCAGGUUAUCAGUUGAGAACAAACUUUCCAGAUCCAAGGUUGCCAAGUGAAUGUGGGGGAGGCAAUAAGAAAGAUUUCAGCUGCAAAAUCAGCGCAGGUAGAUCACUUGAAGACCACACUCAUUAUGACAGAAAUACCAGUGGAACCCAAGACAUCAAGGGAUGACCAGAUGGCUUUGGUGGAGUCAUUUAGCAUGCCCAAGGUGGACGAAGAUAGCAAGAAAGGAAGAUGUCAGAACAUCUUCUUGGAUGCUUCCCAUGUGGGGUUUGUGAAUGAGCAGUGGAACUUUGGAAAAAAUGAAAGGAGCUUGAAAUAUAUUGAAUGCUGCCUCCAGAAUUUUCCAGGAUUUGGUGUGCUGAGUCCAGAGGGGGACCCUAUCUCUUGGAUUAUGAUGGAACAGUCUUGUGAGAUGAGAAUGGGUUACACUGUCCCCAAAUACCGAGACAAAGGCUACAUGAAGAAAAUCUGUUUUCACUUCAUAAAGUAUUUUAUUCAGAAAAAAAUGCCAUUUUAUUUCUAUGUGUCAAGAGAUGAAGAAAACCUUCAGGCACUGAGAAGUGUAGGGCUUAAGGCUGCUCCUUGUGGCUGGCAUCAGUGGAAAUGCACUCCUAGAAAAUAUUAUUGAUUAGUGCCACUAUCCAUUACAAGCCUUUCUUACCAGUGAAAAAAAUACCAGUUCAAAAACAAACAUUAUAAUUUAUAUUAGCAGAAAAAAAUCCAAUUAUUUGGGCUCCAUGCAUUACUUAACCCACUCUUGUAUAAUAUUUUUGUCCUCCUCCAUAAUAGAGAAAAAUGGAAACUUGAACUUUUGGUGUUAUGUUUUGCCUUUAUGUUGACAGACCUCUCAGAAUUAAAAUCAACCAAUGUCAAUCAUUAGUGCCAAGAUAAACCUUUCAAAGCAACAUUUUCCUCUUUGAAGUCUUCUUUCAUGAGAGAAUCCUGUUUUUCCAUGCUUCUGUGCUUGAAAAUAAAAAGACUGAUUUGAAAAGUGUCUUCUCUGGUAUCUUCCCCUUCCUCUGACAAAAUUUUCCAAAGAACCUCUCAAAGCCCCACAGGCUUUGAUUGAGAGGAUCAAAAUCCUCUCAAGAGUUUUGAGAUACUCUACUGAAUUAAAUUAUGUGGUCAUCAGUGAAAUUUUUUUUUAAGUUU